AUGCCGAAUCAUUGUGGCAUUAUGUCCCACACUGGUGAUGAAGAGGAUAACAUAGUUCAUGUUGUUGUUAUAAUUCUUUGUCUCGGAAUAUCUAUUGCUGAAUUAUGUUUGCCUGACGACAAUGUGUAUUACCACAAACAGUUAGAGACGUGCGAGAAAUGUGACAGUUGUCUGCGUGGAGCAGGAAAAGACACAGUUAAUGUCAAUAAGAAAAUAAGAUGGGAUGAAAAUCAUGGAGCAUUGACGUGUACACCUUGUGUUCUAUGUUUGAAUGGAUACUACAACAAUCGAAGAGCAUUCCACUGCCAACCAUGCAAGAACUGCUCACAAGAGAAUCGGUACGAGUUGUUGUCAUGCACAAAAAGAAGAGACGCUGUUUGUGGUGACGUCAUUAUAACGGAAGUACCUGUUACAUACAGCACAAGAGAAUCCAUUCCUUCAGAGCCUUCGUAUUUGGUUGCAUGGGUGGUUGGUGCCGUUGGUUCUGUCGUUGUAGUUUUUGCAAUCAUUGUAUGUUUGCUAUUCCUACAAAAAAAGUUGAAGCAGUCUGAGAAAAACUUUGCAAUGAACAACCAUUCAGAAUCUGCACAGAAGGUACCUUUGGUUGUUCUUGAUAAUAAAUCAAAUUCCAGUGGUCAAAAAUGGUUUGAAAGAAAUGGAAGCUUCAGUUCAAACCGGGAAAGAACGAAUACUCUGUCCACCACUGUUGACAACAGCAGAAACAGUGUUUGUGACUGUGAAACAACACCAAAAGUGAUUGUUACCAGCGUUAACGAUACAAAUGUACACCAAGAUCGAGAAACCACUGUCCAUCUUAAUCAUGGAGAAACACUUUUUCAUCAACAACACGCAGAGACAACAGUUAAGAAAAACAACAUUAUUUGCUGUGCUACUACAUUUGAUCCGUCCAUUGAGGAUGUCAGCAAAAGCUCUUACAUCUGUGAUAGUUUGGAUUCCUCAUCAGAAACAUUAUUGAAAGAAAGGUCUUCAAAUCAUAAAAAUACAGCUCUGUCAAAAAUUGAAUCACAUGAUGUUAAAAUAUCUGAUUGUAGACCUUUGAAUAACUUUUCUCAUUUAAAAAAUAGUAAUGUGAACUAUUCGUAUAUUUCCAAAUGUGAAAGUAAUUCUACUACAGUUUAAGAUGGUACCUAAUACUACAGGGAAAUAAAUCUGAAAAUCAGCUUAAAGUUUUAUUCACGUUUUAUUGUUAAGGAAAUAUAAAGCUUCUCAAUUAUAAAAAUUAGUGUCAAACUGCUAUAUAUCCAAUGCAAUUUUCCGAAAAAGAUAUUGGUUCAAAUUGUUUUUGAAAUUUUAUAUUUUUAUGAAAAUUAAACGAGCCAAAACAUGUUAUUCAAGGUGUUGGGUACCACCUUAAGACAGGGUAUUAUUAACAUUUGUUCUUACAAGCUAUUAUGAACUUGAAGAUAUCUUAUGUACCAGGGUUACAAUUUAAUUUUCAUAUAUUAAUUCUAACAUUUUCCCAGUCAUUUCACAUGUUUCAUAAUAAUAUUCUAAUGUUGAAAUAUGCAUGUAUUAUGCCUUGUAUUUUUAUUAUUUCUAAAUAAACAAACCUACAAAAUCAAACUAGGCUUUGAUUAACAACAUUUUCAUACUUUUGUUCAUUUUGGCGAAAGAUUAUUGUAAACAAUAUGUUUACUAAAUUUCAAAUUUAACAAAAAAUCGAUUCUCGUUACUCUGUCUUUUCUGUACAAGGUA